AGUUUGCCAGUUUGUUCUUCCAUCAGUAACUUUUGUCAAGGGAUAGAUGCCGCCAUAUACUUGACAACCCUGAGUGUUUUUUUUUUUAUUGACUAAGUUGGAUACUACACAAGAUAACGCAAACUUUUGUUCCGAGUUUUUAUUCAGUUAAAUCAAGGUGUUGGAUAUAUCUGUGAAUCCACGUCUAAUUCUGUCAACCAGCCAUCACUUUCUUCUCCAUCAGAACGCUGCUUAAGGGGAAAAUGACAGGGCUAUUUCCCUUAACAAUGAGUAAACAUGAUGGAAUCCUCUGCUGUCUACUGAUGGUCACCCUUGGUUUUACUUCCUUAUAUUCAAGAUAUUUAGAGAACACUAUCCAAAUGGUAAAUUUGCCAACUGAACAAGAACCAAGACACAGCAUUAAUUUGGAUAACACACUAAACCUUGGGGCCAGACCAGCAGUUCAGACAUCCACAUCUUGGAAUGCUCCUAUCAUCUGGGAGGGAAUGUUUGAUCCAAAUCUUUUUGAUCAAAAGCACAUAGAAGAAAAAUCAUCAGUGGCCCUUACUGUGUUUGCUGUGGGAAGGUACCUGGAUGCCUACCUCAAGACUUUCCUCACCUCAGCAGAACAACAUUUUAUGUUGGGAUUACCAGUGACGUAUUACGUGUUUACAGAUUUACCAGACAAAGUACCAAAUAUCACACUUGCUUCUCACAGAAACAUAAAGGUUAUCAAGGUGGAAAAGCACACCAGGUGGCAGGACAUUUCUAUGAUGCGAAUGAGGACAAUAUCAGAAGCUAUAGAGUCAGAGAUCCGUCACAGAUUUCGUUAUGUGUUCUGUUUUGAUGUGGAUCAGGAGUUUAAGGGCAGAUUUGGGUCUGAGGCACUGGGUGAUUCUGUGGCAUUGCUCCAUGCCCACUAUUAUAAAUUACCACAGGCCCGGUUUACAUAUGACAGAAACCCCAAAUCCAAAGCCUUCAUGGAAACUGGAGAUUUUUACUACCAUGCUGCUAUCUUUGGAGGAAUGUGGCAAAAUGUAAAGGAUCUGGUAGAUGCCUGUUAUCUGGGUAUCAUGGAGGAUAAACUAAAUAAUGUGGAAGCUCAGUGGCACGAUGAGAGCCAUCUAAACAAGUACUUUUGGAUUCAUAAACCAAGCAGGCUGCUCUCUCCAGAGUACUGCUGGGACCAGAGCAUUUGGGACAAGCAGGAUAUACUUGUCACUCGCCUAGUGUGGGCACCAAAACAUUAUGACACACUUCGUACUGGCUAGAUCGAAAAAUCAAAGUUGGAAUUAUUUUAUAUGCAAGGGGCUAUCUUGUUAAACAUUUAUUUUGGCUUAUUUUCAUGACACGAGAACUAGCUGAACUAAUCCAGCUAGGUAAAUCUAAAUGCUCAGGCAUGGAGCAUUGUUGUUCAUUUUUGUAAAUAUUUUGCAAUAUUAUAUAUUAUUUCUUUUUUUAAUAUUUUAGAUUGUGACCACAUUUAGAGACUUUAAUUGUAGCUUGGUGGCUAACAAAGCUGAAAAUUCCUACCCACACCACUGCUUAUGUUCUAAAAUCUUAAAAUACGAUAAAGAGAAUCAUAUCCUCUGACCAGUAGGUUUUUGUGGAGUAUUUAUGGUGUCAAGAAGAAAAAAAAGUCUAAACUCCAGCCUUCAUGGGUUUAAUGUAUAAAAGGGUGCUGUGACAGAGAUACAGUAUAUGUGUGUCCUUUUGCUGAUAGUUAUUUCUGCUUUAAUCAAAUAAUGAAUCUAAUCAAAAUAUGAUGAAGUAAUAAUUAACGUUUUGAUUUUCUUAUGCAUGAGCAAUCAGAAGAAGAUAUUUUUGAGUGUAUUGUGACUGAUAAAUACUGUUCAUAGAUUUACUAAUAUAAGGAGAGAAAGCAAAUUGUAAGUUAAAAUGAGAAAAGAAAACUGUGUGUGAAGUACCAAGGACAAUGUAGAGAAACAAUGAAUUUCUAAUCAAGAUGAUAAGUAAGGUAAAAUUAUGCAAACUGAAGUGAAUUAUGUUAAAUAAAUGUAAGUGGACUGGUUCUUAUA